AUGAUGUUUCCCUUGGUCAGAAAUGCACUAAGUACUCUCAGGAUCCGAAGGAUUCAACAAAUUAGACAGAGUCACUCAAAGCACUCACCAGAUUUUCAUGACAAAUAUGGUGAUAUCCUCCUAGCCAGUGGAGCCUCUUUCUGUCUUGUUACAUGGGUAUUUCUAUGCACACAGAUGGGCAUACAGUGGGGCCGUUCCCCUGUUGGCAGAGUUGCCCCGCAAGAGUGGAGUGAAGAGUAG